CCAUUAAGCGGCUAUGUUACGAUUUCGAACAGUCAGAUGCAGCUCGAGCUUCGGUAGCGUGCCGGCGAUCCGCGUGCAAGAUUUGUAAGGAAGAAAGGCAAACGUCCUCAGAUAUUGCAAAAAAUUGAAGGAAAAACAAGAGAAUGGCGGAGGCAAACGAAGCUGCCAGCAAUGUACAGGUGGACCCAGUCGUGGUGGACCGGCUGCUGCUGCAGGGCGCCACCCUGGUGUUUCUGGAUGUGCCGCCUGGCACCGAGUUUGGCCUUGACAUGUCCACAAACGUGGUCGGGGACAAGUUUCGGGGCGUCAAGCUGAUCCCUGCAGGCUUGCACUUUGUGCACUACAGUGCUGUGAGUAAGACUGGCACGGCUGCGCCCCGCACUGGCUUCUUCCACUACUUUGAGAAAGGCGAGAUGCUUGUCAAGAAGUGGGACAAAGCCACCGAGGAUAUAUCAUCGGAGCCAGUGGAAAGGGAAGAGUUGGAGCGUCUGCGCUCAAACUUGAGGGGUGACCUGGAUCAGUACCUGGCUGUCUUUGCGUACACCGAAUGGCGUCGCUGGAUUUCCCUGACGAAGCACGUCACCCGGGAGGUGCUGGAGCGGCUGCAGCCAGAGAGGAGCGUCAUCUACUCGGCCACACCAUUUGAGCCGCUCAACUUCUGCUCACGGCGAGGUGGCGACCUGGCCUCCAUCGACUCGAGGGGGGACUGUGGCGAGGACAUCAGGCUCUCCGAGAGGGCCAAGGAACUCCUCGAGCUGAAGGAGGUGCCUGAGUGCAGGAUACGCUACACGGAGAUUCCAAAGAAGAGGCAUCCGGGCGAUGCAACACCGGCAGAAAUCACCAAGCAUGGUAUGGACUCAAGCUAUGUCCUGGAGCAGCUGCUAGCCUCCUGGCCACACAAGGAAGACCUGCUCGGUGAACUGCAGUUCGUGUUCGUCUGCUUUUUGGUGGGGCACGUGUAUCCGUGCUUUGAGCAGUGGCAGAAGCUUGUGCGCAUCUUCUGCACAAGCUGCGAGGCCAUCGACCGGCACCCCGACCUCUUCAGUGACCUGGUCUCUGUGUUGCACUUCCAGCUGCGCGAGGUCCCUUGCGACUUUUUUGUCGACAUUGUGUCCAGGAAGAACUUCCUGACAGAGGCCCUGGCCGCACUCUUUCAAAACAUCGCCGAGUCGAGUCUGCCCGAUGAUUCGCCGACCACCUUGAAGAUGAAGGCCAACCGCUUCAAGAUAAGUCUCACCAAGUUGAUGGGCUGGAGCUUUGAGGAAGAAGUGCCCGAGGAAGAGCGUCCCGUUGUGGUGGAACUGGCUGGUGGUAACUGAGAUGUGUUGCUGUGACUGGGGGGGGACCAAUUUUGUGAAGCUCAGAACGAACGGACUUUAAAACAUGCCAAUUCUGGAAAAGGAAAGCUAUCAACAAUCUGUGUUCUUUGUUACUUGUAAUUCUGGCCUGGCUGCCCAUUAUUGUCAUAGUGGUGAUGCAGAAAUGACAUUAGAACACCUUGCAGGACAAGUGUCUUGCGUCAUUUUUACACUACCACUACAACAAUGCUUUACGAACUAAACGAGUGCUUAUCAGUGACGUAUAAGUACUCCUUGGAGAAUGGGUUGUUAUGUAAUCAGUAAAUUACUUGAACAAAAUUGUCUCGAAUGGACGGUCCAAAGUUACCACAUAGGAAUACUUUAAAUGUUUGUGUAACAUUUGUGGCGUAAUUGCAUUGCAAAUUUGUACAUGCUGUCAGCUUGUCACUACUUCAUGUGCCGGACACUCUGGCCAAAGCUUCUUUUAAGGUGCUACCUGGCAGAAGUAGCCUUGAAUCUUUCUACACUGGAAGCACAUUUUAAGUGUGUACAUUCCUUACUCUUUGGUGACGAUUCACUUCUUGAUUUAAGCCAUUACGAGUUAUUUUAACCAUUGGCUGUAUGUGUCUGGUACCCGAUAGAGAUGACAUGCUUUUAUGCAAAACAUCAUGGUUUCCUGACAGGAAAGCUCUGCUAUAUUGCAUCAGAAAUGCAGUUUGGACACUAGGACAUUCUUGAAAAAAGUAGAACAUUCUCACAAGUGUUUAAGAAAUACUUUACGAGAAAUACAUUAUGAAGAAUGAAGACUAUUGAAUGCAAAUGGGAAGUAUUUCUUGUUACUUUUGAAAGAACUACUGUGCUGAACAACAGCGUCGAAAUUGUGCCAUGGGGACUGUGUGGUUGUCUUUUCGUUGCUUCUGUUGUGAGGCUACAAAACUCGGAGUUGGGCAGUUCUUACAGGCUGUUGAUGCAUUCAUGUGUUGUCGGGCAUUGAAUGUGAAAGUUUGAGAGCUCACUUACCUCUGUGUUCCCAUUAUUUUACUUUUUCACCAUGCCAAAAAUAAAAGAUUGUUUUACUGAACAGUAAGGCAUCGUGUGGAAUUCUCACCUUAAUCUGUUGUUGUGAUAGUACACAAAUAAGUGCCUUCCAUCAAUCUGCUAAUGUGUGCUACCAAAAGAGCAAUACUUCAAUUUUGCUCUGUAAAUUGUAUGUGCUGUUUGAAGAAGCAAGUUUCUUACUACUGGUGUGCUAUAUGCAGAAUUUUUUAAUGAUGGGACUAUGCACAAAGUUGAAACUUGUGCAGUGUACUAAUCAUUGAUUGCAUGUGUUUAAUUUAAAAGUGUAUGAAGUUGGUGUUGUAAAACGUUGACCUCAUCCUGCAGUGAUCAUUGAAUGCAUUGAAAAUGGUUUCUCAGUUAUGACUAGUCAACGCUUUUGUCAACUUUGUGUUGUGUGCAGUUGUUCAGUGGUUUGUCAGCAUUGUUGCAGUUUUAUUUCCCAAUGCAUUUGAUGUGAUAGUUUCUACUGCUUUGUGGGCAUAAGCCCAAGUGUAGGUACACGUAACACGCCAUUGUACAUUGGCAGGCCAGUGAGCAUUAGGCCAUGAUUUCUCAAAUGUUGGUCUAUGUGUGACAAUAUAUGUACACUCAGUGUUUCCACCAUCUGACUGCAAUAAAGCAUGUUUGUUCACUUCU